AGAGGGAGCGGAGGGGGAAUCUGGAUCAGCCAUUGCGAUCUCCACGCCGAUCAGCCUUGGCAAGAACCUGCCCGGGUCUGGACUGGGCUGGGAUCGGUUUCUUGGAGGAAGCGACUGAAAUAGCCGAGGAUCCACGCGCAGAACUUGCUGAGCAUUCAUUGGCUCCGGAAGACUCUCGCUCGGCGAGGGAUCCCCCCCCUUUCCCUCGCCUUCUAACCCAGCUGAUUAACUGACCGGAUCGCCUCAGUUGCCUUCCCUCCUUCCUACACGGAACUAUCCCGGUGGACCUCAGAGCCGGAGAAAAGUCCCAGGAUUCCAAGACCAGCACUAGGUUGCAACCCUAAAUGUCCAGGAAUUUCCCAUCCUGGAGCUGGCAACCAUAAUGGUGGCUAAUUUCAGCUGAUGGAUUAGCAGAAUAGCAGAAGCGUGGAUGUGUCACAACAGCUGGUGCGGUGUAUUGGCUAAGACACUGGGCAACAAACCAGGAAGUCCUUUGCUGUGAACACACUGGGUGACUUCAGGAUGGUUCCUCCCCCACCCAUUAACAAGCCCCAUGUCUGCCUCUCCACCACACUCAUCAUGAGCAGCAUGGUGCUGAUGGAUGCCUACCUGGUAGAACAGAAUCAGGGCUCCAGGAAGCUAGGAGUCUGCAUCAUGGUGUCAGUGGGGGACAUCUGCUUCCUGGUUGUGCUCAGGUAUGUGGCAGUAUGGGUUGGGGCUGAAGUGAGGACUGCCAAGCGAGGCUAUGCCAUGAUCCUUUGGUUCCUGUAUGUCUUUGUGCUGGAGAUCAAAGUCUACUUCAUCUACCAGAACUACAAAGCAGAUCGUAAAAGCUUGGACCUCAUUGCCCGCAAAGCCUUGACCCUCCUGUUGUCCAUCUGCAUCCCAGCCCUCUAUGUACUGCUAGUGGCCACAGAGCACAUGGAGUAUGUCAGGACGUUCAAGAAGAAGGAGGACCUGCGCAACCGUCUUUUCUGGGUUAUUGUUGACAUGUUGGAUGUGCUGGACAUCCAGGCCAAUCUCUGGGAACCCCAGAAGAAAGGGCUGCCCAUCUGGGCCGAAGGCCUGAUGUUCUUCUACUGCUACAUCUUGCUUUUGGUCCUCCCUUGUGUCUCACUGUGUGAGAUUAGCAUGCAAGGGAUCAGUAUCGUGCCACAUCGCAUGAUGCUCUACCCAAUGUUGAGCAUGCUUACCAUCAAUAUCACCACCAUCUUCAUCAGGGGAAGCAAUAUGGUCUUCUUCAGGGACAUCCGAGUCUCUGGCAUCUUCAUGGGGAAGAACGUCCUGGCCAUCGUACUCAAGGUCUGCAUGUUUGUGCAGUACAGGAAGCAUCUGCUCUAUAUGCCAGCAGGAUCCAGCACAGCAGAGCCUCAGCACAACUCCACUUCUCAGCCACAGCCUGCUGUGCAUCUACUGAAACCCCAGAACCAGACUCCCUGUCCCGAAGGGCUGGCACAGGAGAACACAUGACAUGCUGUGUUCUUUGUUUGCCCCGCCAAGUGACGAGUAACACUUUUGUCUGUGAUCAUUUGGAUCAAAUGCAAAGAGGAACACCGUCUAUGGAGCCCCAUGG